UAUCCGAAAGCAAGCCGGAUUAGGCCAGUCUUAUAAAUAACAAAACGUAAAGCGGAAAGUUGUCAUAGAGAUUAGAGACGCUAAGGAGUGGAAAGCAACGAAACCAGAGCCUUACCAUUCUCAAAGAAACCCUAGAAAGUGGAAGCAACACUAGGCUACGAUCAUGACGGUGGACAGAUCGAACAAUCUCCGAUGGGGCGACCUUGAAGAAGACGACGAUGGCGAGGACUUUGGGUUCCUUCUGCCACCGCGGCAGGUUAUCGGACCCGACGAGACCGGGAUCAAGAAAGUCAUCGACUACAAAUUUAGCGACGAUGGGAACAAGGUCAGGACCAUCACCACCACUAGGGUGAGGAAGCUCGCCGAGGCCCGAGUCAGCAAGAGCGCCGUAGAGCGCCGCUCCUGGUCUAAGUUCGGCGACGCCGUUCACGUGGACGUUGGCAGUAGGCUCACCAUGGUCUCCACCGAAGAGAUCUUGCUCGAACGCCCUAGAGCCCCUGGUACAUCAAAAGAAGAAACCAAGGCAGCAGGGGAUUCCUUGGCUCAGUUGGGUAAAGGAGGUGCUGUUCUUAUGGUGUGCAGGACCUGUGGCAAGAAAGGUGACCACUGGACAUCUAGAUGCCCUUACAAGGAUCUUGCGCCACAAGCUGAAGCCUUCAUUGAUAAGCCUCCUAAGGCGGAGGGCUCCGUGCCUUCUGGCACCACCAAGGGUGCCUACGUCCCCCCAAGCAUGAGAGCAGGUGCAGAGAGACCUGCUGGGUCAGAUAUGAGGCGCCGGAACGAAGAGAACUCAGUUCGGGUAUCCAACCUAUCAGAAGACACCAGAGAGCCUGACUUGCUUGAGCUAUUCCGCACAUUUGGCCCAGUGAGUCGUGUCUACGUUUCCAUAGAUCAGAAGACCGGCGUGAGCAGAGGUUUUGGAUUUGUCAACUUUGUAAACAAGGAAGAUGCUGAAAGGGCCAUCAACAAGCUCAAUGGAUAUGGUUAUGACAGUCUCAUUCUUCGAGUUGAGUGGGCCGCUCCCAGAACAAAUUAAGUCAUCUUACAUCCUGGGUGCUGCUGAUAAGGGUUUCCUUGAUUUUUUGGCUAUAAUAGAUUUCAGUUCCUGGAGAAUUGUUGCUGUUUUACUUUGCUAUUUAUGGAUGAUGUAUAUUGAUAUUUAGUGGUCAAGAACAAAAUAAUUGAUGUUUAUGUUAUUAAUUAAUGGUUGUAUUAUUUUUUCAUUUCAAA